AUGCCCAAGAUCUGGCGACAACAAACCGACUCGAUCAUCAACGGGUCACAUCGACGUGAAGCGACUGCCACCUCUCGAACAGUGUUACAGUCGGUCUCUCGCCACUCUGUCAGCCCAAGAGAACCCGCGACCGACCCGAAACAAACUUUCCGAAUCAACCUGAGCCCUGAUGAUUCUCUCGACCCGCGUUACGUUUGGACAUGGCGUGUUUAA